AUGAAGAACCUUGUUCUCGAGACGUAUAGGGGGAAGACCGAUCCAAAGGAUCAUCUGCUUUAUUUCAACACGAAGAUGGUUAUAAGCUCAGCUUCCGACGCAGUGAAGUGCAGGAUGUUCCCGUCGACGUUUAAGGGCACAACGAUGGCUUGGUUCACGACUCUGCCUCGGGGAUCUUUUACAAAUUUUCGUGACUUCUCGUCGAAGUUCCUUGUUCAAUUCUCUGCGAGUAAGAUUAAGCAGGUAACGAUCGACGAUCUGUAUAACAUCCGUCAAUCAAAGGGUGAAACUUUGAAACAAUACGUGAGGCGGUUCAGUGCAACAUCUGUUAAGAUUGAGGAGUCGGAACCACAUGCCUUUGCGCGAGCUUUUAAGAAUGGACUGCAGCCCGGGAAGCUGAACAGUAAGUUGAGUCGUAAGCCCGCUCGGUCGAUGGCAGAAAUACGUGCUCGAGCGAACACCUACAUCUUGGAUGAGGAGGAUGACGCUUUCAAAAGGAAGCGCGGAAAGAUGGAGAAGGACGGCGAUCAGAGGGAUGUCUCGCCGGCGGGCAAACAAAGUCGGGAAAAAGGGGAAAGCAGUAAGCGGAAGGACAAGAGGGGAAAGUCAGUUGAAAAGUUUGGAAAGGAGCAACUCUACCCAAAAAAGGAAAGUUUUGAGCGUCGACGCCCGUGGCGUCAUGCCGAUACUCGCCGGCGAGAGGAAUCGGGCAAAAAUCUAAGCGCACAUCUGACAGAAUUGCUCCGGGAAGUCAAGGCGACACACGCAGUCGAAGAGGGCGAGAGGGAGGCUAACCCGCCUCGGGCGGUAGUGGAUAAAACCAAGUCGUGCCAAUACCAUCGAUCGACGGGUCAUGACACAUACUUAUCAACCUUAACCAUCACAUCUUCAAUGAUCCCAUAA